AUGUCCACGGCAUCUAGCAUUCGGAAGUUCCCCGUAAUCAAGUCGUUGCGGUCCUACGUGAUUGCUGGCGUCGGUUCCGGCGGAGACUAUCACAAUGUCAAAGGCGGUCACUGGCUGAUUGACAGCGACAUAUCGACUCCCUGCUCGCAAUGGGAACAGUAUCGGAAGUCACGAACGAGCUGGGGCAUCAAUGCCCUGGGCUCCUUCCUGGUCGAGGUGGAAGCAUCCGACGGCACCGUCGGCUUCGCCACAGGCUUCGGAGGCCCUCCCGCUUGUUGGCUCGCCCACCAGCACUUUGAACGUUUCUUGAUCGGGGCCGACCCGCGCAACACCAACCUGCUCUUUGAGCAGAUGUAUCGGGCCUCUCUGUUUUACGGCCGCAAGGGGCUUCCCUUGGCUGUCAUAUCAGUCAUUGACCUGGCCGUCUGGGACCUGCUGGGUAAGCUGCGGAACGAGCCCGUCUACCGCCUCAUCGGCGGAGCCAUGAGGGAGCGAAUCGACUUUUAUUGCACCGGUCCGCAGCCGACUGCGGCCAGAGACAUGGGCUUCUGGGGCGCCAAGGUGCCGCUUCCGUUUUGCCCGGAGGAGGGACGCGAGUCGCUUCGCAAGAACGUCGAGUUCCUCCGCAAGCAUCGCGAGGCGGUAGGGCCCGACUUUCCCAUCAUGGUGGACUGUUAUAUGAGCCUGAACGUGUCGUAUACCAUCGACCUCGUCAAGGCAUGCGAGGGCCUCGACAUCAACUGGUGGGAAGAGUGUCUAUCGCCCGACGACACGGACGGCUUCGAGCAGAUCAAGCGCGCGCAUCCGACGGUCAAGUUCACGACAGGAGAGCACGAGUAUUCGCGAUACGGAUUCCGCAAGCUCAUCGAAGGCCGCAACCUCGACAUCAUCCAGCCAGACGUCAUGUGGCUCGGCGGCAUGACAGAGCUGCUCCGGGUGGCGGCCAUGGCUGCGGCGUACGACAUUCCCGUAGUGCCGCAUGCCAGUGGCCCGUACAGCUACCACUUUGUCCUGUCGCAGCCCAACACGCCGUUUCAGGAGUACCUGGCCAACUCGCCCAAUGGGGAGAGCGUGUUGCCCGUGUUUGGGGACUUGUUUGUCGACGAACCCAUCCCGACUGCGGGGUAUCUGACGGCGGGGGAUCUGGACAAGCCGGGCUUUGGACUGACCAUCAGCCCAGGUGCCUGGUCCAAGCUGAUUCCAUCCAGCAAUCUGCUUGCUCCGUCGCCCGGCAAAGCACUGACGCCGCAGAGUCCUGGGGGGGUUGCGGCUGUGGGUGACAAGGCCGCGUCCGAGGCCAAGCAGCAAUCUGGCCCCUCGACAGGGCGAGGCUAG